GUGAUUUUGUGUAAUGUUUGUGUCUGUGUGAAGGACGUCUCGGUAGUUUUUUAUUUUUAUUUUUUUCAGCUCCCUCCCUGACUUGAACUCGUUCACGGUUCGACUGCAGUCAUGUCUGGUUCUGGGGACCUGCCAGCCAUCGAGGGUUCUGGGAUGGGCGGGAUGAAGCUUCCCGUGGGAAUGACUCGACGGGCCCUCAGCUACGACGACAACCUGGAGGCCCCCAUGUCCACGCCGCCCCACGACAUCAGCAUCAACAACCUGUGGAAACGCCCCGUCAUCCCGCCCAGGAAGUUCUCCCAGCUGGCUGAGGAGGAAGAGGGCGGAGCCUCCAAGCAGGCUGCAGGGCAGGACAGCGCCACCUUCAAGACUCCAGCUGUGGUCAAAACUAAAGCCUCUUCUGUCAUCAUGARCUCUCUCAUCACCAAACAAACUCAGGAGAGCAUGUACAAGUUUGAGCAGCAGGCCGGACUGACGGACACCAGCUACACUCCUCACAAAGGCCUGACAGCUGAGGAGACGAGGCACCACCACCGCAUCCCCGAGUCCCUGCAGAAAAUGCAGAUCCAGAAUUUGGAGGUGAAAGAAGAGAAGAGCUCCUCGGCUCAGUCCACUCCGUCCAACACUCCUCACAGCUCCCCGAAACAACAACGCAGGGGCUGGUUCAGCAGCGCCGGUUCAGAGGUCAGCCUCGGCUCUAACAGCAGCAUGGACGCCGGAGGCGGGGACUCGGCUGCGGGCGGCGCCGUGGAGCGGUGGGGCGUGUUUGGACCUCGGCUGCCYGUCCAGAGUCAGUCCUCAGACCUGGGAUCAGACGCUUCAGCUGCAGCAGGCUUUGCUCUGCAGGCGUACCGUGGAGCCCAGAAGCCGACCCCCAUGGAGGUGAUGAAGUCCCAGGCCACCCGGCUGUCCGACAACCCUCAGAGGGUGUCCCCGCCCAAGAUGGAGAUCCCCACCAUGGACGGUCGGCGUCAGGGGGCACGUCCACACAAGCUGAAACACCGAGACAUGAACAUCCUGACGCCGUCCGGCUUCUGAAGAGACGACCGCCGCCAGGCUCUGAAGGUCCCAUCGAAUGAAAACCUGACACUGUUUAUCCCUUUUCUGUGCACGCCCAACUUAACCCUUCAUAAACACAAAUCACUUAAACUGUUAAACUUAUUUUAUCAAGAAUAAAAUGACUCGAAUUAUAAUUUCCUUCUGCUGAUUCAGCCCAGAUUUCUGACUCAAUGUCUGAAUCUGCAGGCAGCUACAGCUGGCUUUAACUCAGUGUUCCCUGUAAGAAAUCAUUUAAAUAAUUGUUUUGGGUUUCUCAGAGUUCUGUGUAACCAUCUGCAAGAAUAUUUAAAACCAAUAAUGGACCAACUUUAGGUAUGUUCUUCCAGAUAAUGUGGAUUAUAUAAUGAGUUGUUUACACCUCCUGUUUUCAUGUGAGCUUUUUGUUUUUGGCUCCUCUGUGUUCAGAUCAGGCUGAACUCUGACCUGUUUCCACUGACUUCUGUCACGUUGAUGACACUUUUACCCUCUUUCUUUCUUUCUUUUCUUGUAUUGUACAGUUUAGUGUUUAUUUCCUCUGCCCGGUCAUUUCAUGGGACCUUUAAACCAGCUGUAAACUUUCUGUCCUCUUCACCACCAAAACAAAUCAACAUAAAGAGAAAAAAGUGGAACAUUUCCAUUUGUGCUGCUUUCGUGUGUAAAUCUUGUAGCUGUGCUGUCCGAUCAGACUCUUGAUGUUUAUCUUGUAUCAGAAAUGUUACGUCGAGCUUCAGCGUUUAAAAUAGUUUAGCCUGAAACUGAAAGACUUCUUCAGCUGAKGGUGAACCGUAUGUUGGUCCCAGUUUUAACAGAUCUUUAAAAAUGCACUUUAUCGCCACCAACAGACCUUCACAGUGCUCUACCUUUUGAAUUUCUCUCAUGAGCCUGAAAGACCAGUUAGAAGUUCAGCUCGGCUGCUGAGAACGAAGAGACGGAYUGUAAAUAUUGGUACUCGUGUUUAUUUCUUAUUAUUUCACCAGUUUUUGACCACGACUGUUAACCCUGAUAACCCCGAGUGUUUGGACCGUAGCUACGUGACUGACGGCUUUUUGUUGAAAUGUUUAGAUGUUGUGAACUUUACGUAAGCUAUUGUUGGAGCUUCGUUCUUAUUCGUUUGUAGUUUUAAUAAGAAAUGAAUAAGUUUAUUCUCAAAGCCGAGCUGAACGGACCUCUGAAGGUUCUUGUUCUGGUUUUGUUAGCACAUGAGCCCGAGGUAUGACGAGUGUUACGAAUCCCUCAAAGUUGGGAUUAUUSUGAACUUUCCACUUCAAAGUGUGCAAACAGAGUGAAGCAACACCCAGAGUUAGUUUCUGCAGCACCAAAUGUUGUUCAAAGAAAGURAUGAAACUGUAAACAGCAGAAACAUGAGCGUUCUGCUUUAAAUGACCAAAUACAUCGUUCUGUUAAACAGGUYUUUAGUGUCCUCCUCCUGCUGGACCUUACUUUUCAUUUGUCUGGGACAAAAAGGUGCAAACAUUUAUUAAACCAACAAAACAACUCAUCCAGAUUUAUUGUAAAAGUUUUCUCUCAGGAAUAUUGGUCACUGAAAAGUUAAAUGUGGUAAUAAUGAAAUGUUUUUGUACAGUUCUGUUGUUUUUCUCCUUCUGUUACUAAAGACUUCAUUCCAUUUGGAGAAAACSUCCUUUGUGGUUCUGUUUGAGCACUUGAGUGUAAAUAUUAAAUGUCAGGUUUGUGUUUCUGAACAUGAAACAGAACCAGAACAGAAAAACAGAAAAUUAAGUGUAUUUUUACGUUCUUUUUUACAGAUACUUUGAUUUAACUGAUUCUUUUUAUGAUUUUUGGAGAUUAACAGUUUAUCUGGGCUGAAACGAUUAGAAAAACAUUUGAACAGAAAAAAAAAUUAGAAACAUUUUCAUCCAUCCUGAAGUUGCAUCAAACCUUUUUGUUGCACUCGAUGCUGAUGACGCCUGAUUUUAUCUGUAAGAUUAUGUACAAAUUAAUAAGUCUCUGGCCUUGUUUUAUUAGUUCCACAUUUAUUUUGAAGGGAAACCGUCUGUUUUCUGGUCAUUUACUCCUGUAUAAYAGAACCAUGGCUUAGUCUCUGUUUUCGAAGUGAAAAUUAGAAGUUUGUAACUCUACUGUGGUGUUGGUCUGCCUCUCCCUUUCAUCACAAGUUCAACCAACUUUGUGUUUCCUGUUGGACACAUUCUGUUUCAGUUUUAUUACCCAUCCUUUAAGUCUCUGUCCUGACUUUAUUUUGACUGUUCAACAUGAAUAUAAGAUUUAUUGUCUUYGAUUUUUAGUUUCUGUACAGUUUAGUUUACUUUGCCAGCAGAGUUUGACAAUAAAUGUWACAUUCUCACUAGAGAAAAA